CUGAGAAUUGAACUUUGACUACUACUUGCACGUGUCUUGACUUGCUAGUCGCUAUCAAUGAGUACCUAUAAUCUGCUACUUCAUAUUCAUCAUUCAGUUUAGUUGCAGCACCACACCACCAGAAAACACGGGCGGUCUAAGGCCAAAAAUGUGCACCACCACCCAUAUUCCUCCUCUGCACACGGCUCAACUGCUCUCUGUCGUACCCUUCAACCGCAUAUUUGCCUUGGUUUACAUGUGUGCUGUUGUAGCUUUGUUUUAUCACCAUUUACAAACAAUCCUUUACUCCGCAACCCUGGUCUCUUUCUUCAUAAACCUUAUCCUGUUUAUCUCCGAUCUUGUUCUGGCCUUCAUGUGGUCCACGGCUCAAGCUGCUCGCCUAUAUCCAAUCCAACGCAAAGAAUUCCUCGAAAACCUUGAUAAGGUGAUUAAAAGAAGUGAUUAUCCAGCUCUUGAUGUGUUUAUAUGCACGGCGGAUCCCACCAAGGAACCACCUAUGAGCGUAGUGAACACAGCUUUAUCAGUGAUGGCUUAUGAUUAUCCAACGGAGAAGCUAUCGGUAUAUGUGUCCGAUGAUGGAGGCUCUGAACUGACCCUUUUUGCUUUCAUGGAGGCUGCUAAAUUUGCAGCCCACUGGCUACCAUUUUGCAGAGAGAACAAUAUUGUACAGAGAAGCCCAGAAGCCUAUUUUGAAUCAAAUUGUUCCUCUUCCUCUCAAACUUUCAAGAUUAAGACGAUGUACGAAAUUAUGAAAAUGAAAGUGAAGCAAGUUGUUGAGAGAGGGAAAAUUAGCGAUGAUCAUAUCACUAGUGAUGAAGAACGCAAGGCUUUCAACCAAUGGACUCAUAAAUGCACAAGCCAAAAUCAUCCUACUGUAAUCCAGAUUUUGUUAGCAAAUAACAAGAACAUGGACGUUAGCAGGAAUUUUAUGCCUAAUCUUAUUUAUGUUUCUAGAGAGAAAAGCAAGACUUCACAUCAUCGAUUUAAAGCUGGUGCCUUGAAUGUCUUGCUACGAGUAUCAGCUGUGAUGACCAACGCUCCAAUAAUCUUGACAGUAGACUGUGACAUGUAUUCCAACGAUCCACAGACCCCUCUUCGUGUUUUAUGUUAUUAUUGGGAUCCUGAAAUUCGUUCCAAAUAUUCAUAUAUUCAAUUUCCUCAGCAUUUUCAAGGGAUCAAUAAAAGUGACAUAUAUGCUUGUCAACUUAAACGUAUGUAUCAAAUUCAACCCAUGGGGCUUGACGGGCUAGGGGGUCCUGAUAAUGCUGGGACCAAUUGCUUCUUCUCCAGGAGAGCAUUCUUUGGUGGCCCUUCUAGUUUUGUUUCACCAGAAAUCCCUGAGUUGAGCCCACUUCAUGUGAUAGAUAAGUCCAUACAGUCCCCAGAAGUCUUGGCAUUGGCUUAUCGUGUGGCAGGAUGCAAUUAUGAGAACAAAACUAGCUGGGGCUACAAGAUCGGAUUUCGAUAUGGGUCGUUGGUUGAGGACUAUUUCACGGGUUAUCAGCUACAUUGUGAGGGUUGGAUGUCCAUGUUUUGCAAUCCAGAUAGGCCAUCGUUUCUGGGGCAUGCACCCAUCAGCUUGGUGGAUAUGUUGAAUCAACAGAAACGGUGGGUUGUUGGCGUCUAUGAGGUGGCCUUCUCAAAAUUCAGCCCAAUGACAUAUGGCAUCAAACGUUUGGGUCUUCUAAUGACCCUGCUUUAUUCCCAGUAUGCAUUUUGGCCCAUUUGGUCAAUUCCAAUAACAACUUAUGCUUUUCUCCCCCAGCUAGCUCUCAUCAAUCAAGUUUGUGUUUUUCCGAAGGUCUCAGAACCAUGGUUUCUCCUUUAUAUAUUUCUUUUCCUAGGGGCCUAUUGGCAGGAUUUUUUCGACUUUGUCUCAGCUAAUGGAACAUUCCCAAUGUGGUGGAAUGACCAAAGGAUUUGGACCAUAAGAGGACUUACAUGUUUCUGUUUUGGAUCACUUGAAUUCUUGCUUAAGUCCUUAGGCAUUUCAACACAUGGCUUCAGUUUGACCAACAAAUUUGUUGAUGAUGAGCAAAGUAAAAGAUACGACCAAGAAAUCUUUGAUUUUGGUGUCCCAUCUCCCAUGUUUGUGCCACUAACAACAGCAGCAUUGAUCAACUUAGUGUCAUUUACUCUUGGGCUGCCACAAGUUUUCAAAGGCAAUAAUUGGGAGGGACUACUAAUUCAAAUGUUCAUAGCUGGAUUUGGCAUUGUGAAUUGUUGGCCAAUCUAUGAAGCAAUGGUCUUAAGAAAAGAUAAUGGAAAAUUGCCUGCCAAGAUCACUCUCACUGCAGCAUUUCUUACAUGGGCUCUUUACAUGGUAGCUUCUUUUAUUUUUUAGUAACAGGGGUUUUGUUUGCUCUAUUUGCAUCUUCCUUUAUGAUUCUGCUUUAUAUUGUAUCAAGGCAUAUUAUUUGUAAUAUAUUACAUCCUAAACUGCCUCCAAGAAAUUUUAUAAAGGAAAACUUUGAUGGAUAA